AUGGAUCUUCUCCACAGCUGGGGGGUCGAGCUGGCGGUCCAUUUGCAGUCCAAAUACAGCAGGUACGAGGGCUUGUUCAGCCUGGCGUCGACAGUGGCGGAUCUGCACACUGCGUACUUCUGGUUCUUCCCAAUCUGGUUCCACCUGCGCAGAGACACGGGGCUCAGGCUCAUCUGGGUGGCGGUGAUCGGAGAUUGGCUAAAUCUGGUCCUGAAAUGGGUUCUGUUUGGAGAGAGACCGUACUGGUGGGUCCAUGACACCCGCUUUUAUGGAGCAGGACCGACCCCUGCUCUGCAGCAGUUUCCCAUCACAUGUGAGACCGGACCAGGAAGCCCUUCAGGUCAUGCUAUGGGUGCAGCCGGGGUCUGGUAUGUGAUGGUAACAGCAAUACUUGCUAGUGCAACAGAGAAGCGCUGCCCCCCUUUACUGUACAAAUUCUUGCAGGGGGGCCUGUGGAGUUUAAUGGGUCUGUUAUUGCUGGUGGUCUGCAUGUCACGGAUCUACAUGGCUGCCCAUUUUCCACACCAGGUCAUUGCAGGAAUCAUAACAGGACUGCUUGUAGCCGAAGUUGUCUCCAAGAAAAAAAGCAUCUACAGCGCCAGCAUGAACAGAUACUUCUUCACGACCCUCUUUUUGACCUCCUUCGCUGUGGGCUUCUACGUCCUGCUCAAAGCUCUUGGUGUAGACCUUCUCUGGACAAUGGAAAAAGCCCAGAGGUGGUGUGUGAACCCUGAGUGGGUCCUCCUGGACAGCACACCCUUUGCCAGCCUCCUGCGUAACAUGGGCACCUUGUUCGGCCUGGGUCUUGGACUGCACUCGCCCCUCAACACAGAGACCAAGAAGACAAAAACAAGCACCACUUUCAGAAUGGGGUGCAUUCUUGUCUCCUUGUUUCUACUGCAUCUGCUCGAUGGAUGGACGUUUUCUUCAAAAAAUCUAGUGACAUUUUAUUUCCUGUCUUUCGGUAAAAGUGCUGUUGCACUUUUAAUCCCAACCACUCUGGUGCCCUCGGCUCUCAGCUGGAUUUUUAUCGUUAACAGAGAAUACAAAAACUUGUGA